AUGACGCAAGGGGAUGGCACAAGAGUGGACGCCAUCUGCACGUACAGAAAGGAGCCCUCAGACCCAACCUUGGACAGGGUGGGCCUCUACCACCAAGUGAGCAACACGACCAAAGGCAUCACGCAGCUGGGUCCCUACAGCCUGGACAAGGGCAGCCUCUAUGUCAAUGCCACAGCUGCAUCUCCAGGAACUGGGAAGUUCACAGUGAAUUUCACCAUAACAAAUCUCCAGUACUCCAGUGGUCUCAGUAAUCCAUAUUCUGCCAAGUUUAAUGCUACAGCAAGAGUCUUGACUGUUCUGCUCAGUCAGCUGUUCCAGAAGUCUAGUAUUCAUUCUGUGUAUACAGGCUGCAGAAUGAUGGCUUUCAGACCUGCACCAAAAAAUGAAGGCACCGGAGUAGAUGCUGUGUGUGCCUACAAAAUAGAUUCUGCUGCUUCCCAGUUUGAUCGAGUGACUGUUUACCAUGAAGUGAGCAGCAAGACAAAUGGCAUCACCAACUUAGGAAUCUACAGCCUUGACCAGGAAAGCCUGUAUAUUAAUGAUUACCAUGAAGCCCAUCUCUUGCCUUCAGCAUCUCCAGCUCCUCCUCUUGCAAGAGAGGGACAUUUCACAGUGAACUUCACUGUGACCAAUCUCCUCUACACAUCAGCAUUAGGAAAUCCAAACUCCAAAAAAUUCAUUGCUGCCAAAAAAACUCUGACAUACUUGCUUGACCGUGUGCUCAAGAACAGCAGCCUUAGCCCUGUCUAUACCGGUUGUACAGUGGUUGUACUAAGGUCCGUGAAGAACAGAGAAGGCACUGCCAUGGAUGCAGUCUGCACAUACAGAGCCAACGCUACCACUACUGAAUUUGACCGAAUCAAGGUUUAUCAUGAGCUCAGCGAGAUGACAGCCAGCUGCACUGAGCUAGGACCAUACAGGCUGGAUGCACCAAGCUUUUAUGUUAGUGGUUAUAACGAACUUCAGCCUGGACUGUCUGUUGAUUCAACUACACCACCUCUGUCACCAGCAAUAAGGAACUUCACAUUGAAUUUCACUAUAACCAACCUCCAGUUCACUGCAGAUCUGGCAAUGCCAAACUCUAAAAAAUUCAAGUCAACAGAAAAAGUCAUGUAUUAUUACGUUGACUCUUUACUCCAAAAAAGCAGCAUUGGCCCUGCUUAUAUUGGCUGCAAAAUAACGGCAUUUAGGUCAAAGAAGAGCAAGUAUGACACAGGAGUAGACGCCACCUGCAGCUACAGAGAUGAGCCUUCAGAUCCCAAGUUCAACAGAGUGAUAGUUUACCAUGAGCUGAGCAAUAUGACAAAUGGCAUCACCAAGAUGGGACACUACAGCCUUAACAGCCAGAGCCUCUACAUUGAUGAUUACAAUGAGCUGCAUAGUUCGUGUAAGUAUAUUUAA